CCCCCUCUUGCGACAGCGCACCUGAUCGACGCCCAACCCUACCAGUCGACAUCAUGGUUGCCUUUGGAACAAUACUUGUUUCGCUUCCUGCGUUCUUGGAUUUUCUCUUUCCUCCUGCCUCACCGUCCCACAAUCUCAAUCCCAGCCCUGCUUCUCUUGAAUCUCCCCCUCGUCUGGUUUUCUGCCUCGCCUGGUCAAAAUGGCCUUGACAGACCUCGUCCUCCUGGUCCUGCUGUGCACCGCGCUCGUCUUCUCCAUCAUCGAGCUGGGCCUGUCCGCCGACGCGGUGGACCUGAGCAUCGGCGCGUCCGUCGCACACGACCGCUUCAGCUUCGUCGUCUUCUGCUCCGUGUGGACGCUCCUCCUGGCUUCCUUCUUCAUCUUCUUCCCAUACUUCUCGUCGCGCAGGGACACCGAGCGCUUGAUGGCGCCCUUGACCAUUGCGCUCAACGCGGUGACCAUGAUCUUCUGGUUGGCUGGGUUCGCCGCCGUCGCGGACCUCUUUGGCGGCGGCAAUCCCCAAGGAGUGGCCGGCGCGCUGUUGGCUUUUGCGGUCAUGCUUUGGCUGCUCUUCCUUGCGAUCCUCAUCCUUAAUAUCCUCACGGCGACCGGCGUCCUUCGGAGCGAGAGAAUGGGCCAUUCAAGAUUGACAACGGGCAAGCCUGCUGCCACUGUGUAGCUGUCCUCAGUGAGACGAAUCUGACAAUCAAAUUUGAGGGGUAUCACACGGCAAAAUGCGUUUAGUCCGUGGGUGAUGGCACCGAAUUGGUCUAGGAAUGGGAAUAGUUCGUUUGACGAAUAAUACAGAGAGAGAGCACGAACUUCGUCCUCGACGGGGGCCUCUUAGU